GGAACAAAGAAUGAAAAGGUAUUAUUUUUUGUUGGGAACUUGAGUAGAAGAUUCUCGACUUGAAACCUACCUAAUGUAUUAAGAUGCUGAGCUACUCAUGCGGUGGGUUUUUGCCACCGCUACCAUCACCCCCCGCAGUCGCCACCGUAGGCUUCUUACUACCAAAAACUUCCAGAUAAAUCUGGAUCAACCCAUAUUGCUUCCCUUCUUCAAGCCUCAAUCGGGUAUUCAAGGUUACAAUUUUCUAUUACUUUUCAACCCCCUCUUCUCUUGUUUCUUUUCUCCCAUUUUCAUUUUACUUUUCACGGAAAUGAAUACAAAUAUUCAUGAGAGAACUAGUUUCUGAUUCAAUCUGGUUUAUUGGACUUCCACAUGUGUUUUAAUCUAGAGAUAUGAAUUGCUCUAGAAAAUCGAAGUUUGUAUUCGAUGCAUUUCGGAAUUUGUCUUCAAAGAUUUUUCCCAAAGAUUUAAUUCAAGGUUCUAGAUCAAGAAUUUCCCAUACUGGGUAUUCGUUUCCAUCUGGGAAAACUUCUAAUUCUCAUGGGUUUCAAUCGGUUUCUCCAAUUGUACAAAGAUUUGGGGAGAUCAGGAGACGAUACAAUCCCUUCUUCGGUGAUUCGAAGAGAUUUUACUAUGUCGAUCGCUACCGUGUCCAGCAUUUUAAGCCAAGAGGACCUCGGCGAUGGUUUCAAGAUCCAAGAACUUUAUUGAUUGUUGUGGUGGCGGGUUCGGGAGUUUUUAUCACUGUGUAUUACGGGAAUUUAGAGACCAUACCUUAUACGAAACGAAGGCAUUUUGUGCUGUUGUCCAAACCAAUGGAGAGGAAGAUUGGAGAGUCUGAAUUUGAGCAAAUGAAAGCAGCUUUCAAGGGUAAAAUAUUGCCUGCUAUACACCCAGAAAGUGUGAGAAUAAGAUUGAUUGCUAAGGAUAUUAUUGAGGCAUUACAAAGAGGGUUGAGGCAAGAGAAUGUGUGGAGUGAUUUAGGCUAUGCAUCAGAGGCUGUGAUUGGAGCUCCUGAAGGGAGUGGCCAUGAGACAUUGAUUGCGCUUAGAGAUUCUGGGAAUGAGAAGUUGGAAGGUAAAUGGUACCGUGAAGAUGAGAUUCUGGAUGACAAAUGGGUUGAGCACAGUCGAAAGAAGGGUCAGGGGUCCCAACCAAAUACCUCGCAUUUGGAUGGAUUGAAUUGGGAGGUUUUGGUGGUGAAUGAGCCAGUUGUUAAUGCAUUUUGCUUGCCUGGUGGGAAAAUUGUUGUUUUCACUGGCUUGCUUGAGCACUUCACAAAUGAUGCAGAAAUUGCUACUAUUAUUGGUCAUGAGGUGGCCCAUGCUGUGGCUCGACAUGCUGCAGAGGGUAUCACGAAGAACCUGGGAUUUGCCGUUCUGCAAAUUAUCCUUUAUCAGUUCGUCAUGCCUGAUAUUGUCAACACUAUGUCAACUCUGUUCUUGAGGCUUCCUUUCUCUAGAAGGAUGGAAAUGGAAGCAGAUUACAUUGGUCUGCUCUUGAUGGCCUCUGCUGGAUACGACCCUCGGGUUGCGCCCAGGGUAUAUGAGAGGUUGGGUAAGGUGACGGGUGAGUCUGCCCUGAGAGAUUAUCUAUCAACUCACCCAUCUGGAAAGAAAAGAGCUCAGUUACUUGCUCAAGCAAAGGUUAUGGAGGAAGCUCUUUCUAUUUACAGAGAAGUGAGAGCCGGACAUGGGGUUCAAGGCUUCCUAUAAACAACUCCCAGUUCGGAGUUGAUACUGAUUGGCAAGAGAAUGGUGUCUCCUUCCCGUAUUUUUGUACUAAGAACUAAAGCAUGAUCAAAUGUUAUAUCUGAUUAAUUUGGUAGUGUAAUUCGUUUGAUUUUGGCUUUCCCCUUGUAAACCCAUGUUUCAUGAGAGUGAUGAACCAUUCUUUGGUGGUUUUUCAUUUUUGGUUGACAUGGCUUAUUCUGUUUCGCAUCAGGAAUUUUCAUGGUGGAGGGCAUUGAUAUCAUGAACAACUUUGGGUCCAACAUUGUAACUGUAACCUUAUUUUGUAAAUAUCAGGUCUGCCAUUGCUAAUA